AUGGGAAAAGAUAAAGGAGAGCAAACUGGAAAUGAAAACUCCAGUAUAAACCCUUAUAAGGAUCCUUUGUUUAUAGCUGUGAAUGAUAAUGGUUCUACACCAUUAGGAAGCAUAAUCUUUGAUGGAUCAAAUUUUAUGAACUGGAGCAAAAGCAUCAGAAUAGCUUUGGGAGCCAAGAAUAAACUAGGUUUUCUUGGAGGGAAACAUCCUAAGCCUAUUUCUGGUGAAGAAGAAAUGCAGAAGUGGGAGAGAUGUGACUACAUGGUUAGGUCAUGGAUGCUGGCUACCAUGAAGUCAGAUGUGGCAGCUAGCUUGGUGAAUAUGCAAUCAACCAAGCAGCUUUGGGAAGAGAUAGUUGAGAGGUAUGCUCAGACAAAUGCUCCACAACUUUUUUCUCUAAAAAAGGAUCUUUGGGAACUUCAACAAAACAACCUGAGUGUUAGUGAAUACUACUGCAAACUGAAAAAUGUUUGGGAUCAGAUUGCAGAUUUGGAAGGAAUCCCAGAGUGUACAUGUGGAGCAAUGUCUAAAUGUUCAUGUGAACUUACAAAAAAACUGAUGGAAUUACAAGCCACUGAAAAGCUGAUAAAAUUUGUGAUGGGUCUUAACACUGGGUAUGACCAGAUGAAGUCAAAUCUUUUAAGCACUGAUCCAUUAGUGACAGUGAACAAAGCCUAUAAUUUGGUUCUGCAAAUUGAAAGGCAGAAACAGAUUACAGGAGAGAUGACAGCAGCCUUGGAAGCCAGUGCUUUGGCUGUGAACAGACAAGUUCAAAGCAGGAGUUUGGGGCCAUUGAAGAAUUUUCAGAAGAAGGAUUAUUUUAAGCAAUUCAAGAUAGAAAAGAUGGGAAGAUUUUGUGAUCAUUGUGGGAAGAAAGGUCACAGCAAGGAAGAAUGCUUCAAGAUUGUAGGAUAUCCAGAAUGGUAUAAAAAAGGGAAUGAACAAUUCAGAAGUGCUGCAAAUGUGAUGAAAGAUACUGACAUAGCAACUCAAGACAACCCUCUGGACUUCUCAACUCAGAAUGCAGAAGGAAGUGGAAUGAAACAGGACAACAAGUUCAUCAACAACCUGGUGCAAGAAGUUAUCAAAGUAAUGACAGAAAAGCAAGGAGAAGCAAGCAGCAGCCAAGCAAAUUUUGCAGGUAAACUUAGUAAUUCUAAUGCUGUUGUCAAUAAGGUUAAUGCAAAAUGUGGAACAUGGCUCAUAGAUUCUGGAGCCAGUGACCAUAUGACAGGUAAUAGAGAGCUUCUCUUGAAUAAAAAAAUCAUAAAAGGUAAGAUAAAGGUGGGACUUCCAGAUGGAAGUAUGAAAAUUGUGACUGAAAUGGGAGAUGUUGUUUUAGGUGAUAAUAUUACACUUAAAAAUGACCUUUCCAUUAGAAGAAAUAUUUUUCUUGGAAAGAAGGAAAGUGACCUCUAUAAGCUUCAGAGAGAUGAUGAAGAGAAGCAUGAUGGAAUCUGUUUGAAAACUGCUGUUGAUGAUACAGUGAUGCACUGUAAUAAUGUAGCUAAUCUAGAUCUUAUACCAUGCUAG